AGCAGCUGUGUGUUCGGAUCUUCAUGGAUUGCAGAUGCCAUGUGAAAUUUUAAUAAGAAGCAAAGAAAUUUCUAGUUGCUGGCAUAUUCUUGAGCCAUCGGCAAUAGUGUACAACGAGAGUAUUUGUAAAAGACUGCAAAGGCAAGGAAUUUAAAACAAAACCACCAAUAUGCUGCCAACCAACGUAAUGUCCUUCGUUAAGAAGAUGGUUACAACACAACCAGAGGCCAAUUCUAGUACAGCGACAUCAGAAGAUGGCGGACGAACUUUUAGCAAACUUAGACAAAUUGGUACGGACCUUAUGACAGCUACUGGCAACGUAGCCAAGCUAACACCAGCCAAGGUUACGCCUGUGGAGAAUAUCCAGUAUAAAGAAACCGCACCCAUAAUUGAGCUUCCUAAAGUAAAAGCAGAGCAAGAAAAACCAGUAAAUCGUGCGGCGGCUUGUAGAGUAUGUAUAAAGUCUAUUAAACCAGAGGACUUCACAAGGAUUUGCUACGAGUGUCAGCGAAAGGUGUGCGAAGACUGUGCUUCUUAUUCAACAACUGCCGACUCCGAUGAUCCUCAAACGUGGCGAUGUAGUGUAUGCCGACGUAAGUUAACACCACGCGAUCAACUACCUAUUGGAACUGAUUUAAUAGAAAGUUCAUUGGAAGUUCCAAUGCUCGAAGGCCUGCAGAGACGUCAUAGUGAUGCGCGUCUUGGCUCUCAGGCAAUAGGACCAUCAGGCUCACUUGGUGCUGGCCUUGUACCACCAAGGAGCCCCGAUCUUAGACGACAUUCGGAUGUUUCACCGGCUAGUCUCAAGGAUUUAGAGAAGUUUCGAAAGGUUGCAGGGGAGCGUCGCAGCGAGGACUGGGAGUGGCGUAGUAAAUCGAGAAGCGGCUCACCGGAUCGCUAUCAAGGGCAUCAGCAACGUGAGCGAGAUCCUGAUCAGGGUGGAGGAGGAGAGAGGCAACGCGUCAACAGUCCCCAGCGGAUCAUCAAGUCUUCUGGGAUUAUUGAUCAAGAUAACACAGGUAUAGAUAUAGAUGAGGAGGAGGAACGACGUCAUCGUUCACGUCGAUCCGGCGGCACUGUGCGUCGCAAGUCUAGAGUGACGCGUCAGCACUCAUAUGACGAUGAAAUCAAGAACGCAGGAAUAACAUCGUCAACAUCAUCCGGUCACGCAAGCCAUUCGGAUAUAGGAUUAGGGCUUCCAAUACAACUAGCAAGGCGUGCCUCGGCCUAUGAUGUAUAUUCAGGCGGUGGUGUUUCUGAUCUAGCGGCCAUCAUUGCACCCCAACAUCGAGUUUCAAUAUCUGGUCAAGGUAACCGAGAAUCAGAAUCCGAACGUCAACCUACAUCAUCCUCUAGACGACCAUCAUUUCGCACCAACAAACCUGUGAUACCUUAUGAAAUUUCCAGCACGAAAGAUGAUGAUAAAAUAAUCAAUGCAGAUGGAUCACGAGCUGCAGACGUUGAUCAGGGCAUCCUUAUGCCUGAUGAAGAAUUACGUACACGACGACGUGGCUCUCAACUACCAAACAUCAAUGCCAUAAGGGCUUUCUCAAAUAAUGCUGCAGCUCCGGUACGUCCUGGACCAACAAACUCAUGUUCUGUAUCCCGAGUAAACGUUGACGAACGUGAACUUGCGCGACAGGGAAGUUUAGCCGAUGGUGAAGGUAUCAAGAUAGUCAUACAUGAUGUUGACUGCGAAAUGUUGACCAGACCAAAUUCAAAGAAGAAAAUUAUACUUCGAAAAGAUGUCGUGAUUGAAAAAGGACAUAGAACUCGAAGUUUUGGGAUGAGGAUUGUGGGCGGGAAGAUUGGCAAUGAUAAUCAUCUUUAUGCAAUUAUCGUAUGGAUGGUUAGUGGAGGGCCUGCGGAUAAAGCUGGCCUGCAACAAGGUGAUAAGGUUUUAGAGUGGAGUGGUGUCUCAUUGAUUGACCGUACAUUUGAAGAAGUUGCACACAUUAUUGGCCGAAGUGGUGACGUUGCUGAACUCAUCGUAGAACAUACAAAUGAUAUAAGUGGAGAUCCUUUGGAUGAACCAGGAAUGGUGCCUGUCUUAGAGAAAGCACCGACUAAUCUUGGACUUGGCCAAAUCGAAUCAGAAACGAACAAAGCGCCAUCGUCACCAACGCGCAGGAAACUGCCAAAGACGCCGGAGCAAAUAGCUAAAGAGAGACAGGUGACGGGUCGCGUACAAAUUCAAGUUUGGUACGAAGCAGAUCGCAAAGAACUCGUUGUUUCCGUUCUUGCUGCUGAUGAUCUCUGUACUCGAGAAGAUACCGGAUACGGAACUGCACCAGAAGCUUUUGCUAAGCUUGAUUUAAUCUCACCGAGUGGUGAUUCUACAUCGCUGAAAACGGAUGUGGCUGAACCAACGCAUAAUCCAAUUUGGAAUGCAACGUUAAACUUCGCGGGUGUAGCUGGUGAACAGCUAAUAGAUCGAUUGAUCGAUGUAACUUUAUGGGACUAUUGUCCUGAUAGAGAGAGCAUGUUUUUAGGUGGUUGUUCAAUUGAUCUUACGAGCGCCUUUGAGGCAGAUCGAGCAGUUUGGUACCGCUUGGAAGAUCCACGAGGACUGCGCUCUGGUAAAUCGCCACACUGUUCGCCACGCGGAUCACUCUCAAUCGAACUUGCUCAGCGAUUGUUACGCAGAACAGAUUUGCGCGAGCGGAGUUACAGCGAUGACACGCAAAGUGAUAGUGGAAGUCCCGAACCUUACCACUUACAUCCAGAUCAUGCCUGGCUUUCGAACUCCCGACGUGGUUCUAGUCAAUCCGAACAACUGGAGAUCGAGCCUUACGAACUCAGCAAAGACUAUAGUCACUCGUUGCCUGGCAGUAGGCGUAGCAGUUUUCAAAGCCAAAUUGCUGGUACUGACAGUAAACGAGGUAGUAUGGGAGACGCGGAGGUCUCUGUCACUCAUUACAAUCGUGAGAGGCGACGUAGUUCUUUUGCACGGCCGAUGCGAGAUCAAGAAGAGAUACUUGAAACCCUACGUAAUCUUAAAGCUCAAGGUGGAAAGGAACUCUCACGUACAAUGAGUCUCUCCGGAGAGAAGAGACGACCCAACCGUAAGUAUUUAUUACUCCGGUCAAAAUGUGCUUCUACACUGUUGUUUCUCAUCCAACCUUCUUCGUCUCAUUGUCACUUCUAUUUAUGUGAAUGUUACCAUCUUAAUUAUUGGUAUUUGUCCAUUACACUGGCAAGCCACCCGCGAACGACGCUAUGGGCAUCUGGGAAGAGUGAGCGCAGAGAGAGCAGCGUCUUAGAAAGGGAAAGACGUAAUUACGAUAGAAAUAGCGAGUCGGAGGAAGAUGAAAAAUGGAGUCAAUCAAUGAAAGGUGCAAAUGGUGGAGAUUUAAACCUUGGACCUGGACAAAUUGUACCGAAAGGUUAUAAAGUAUCGAAAGCACAGCAAAAUGGUAAGGUGCAGCUAGCGAUAUUUUUAAGCAAAGGUAAUCUUGAAGUAGAAGUAAUUUCAGCAAAAGAUAUUUGCCAAACAGAUAUGGAAGAACCAGACACAUACAUCAAGAUGUAUUUGCGUGCGGAGGAACGCUGGCUGCAUAAACGCAAAACUCGUGUUGUACGCCACUCACGUAACCCCCAAUACCGGCAGACUCUGAAAUAUCCGAGUUGCGAUGCCUUGGGGCGUAAUUUGUUGGUAAUGCUUUGGGAAAAGAAACAAGGCUUCGAAAGUAACCAGGGACUUGGUGGUGCGGAAAUUGAACUUGAUGCUUUGGCAUUAAUGCGACAGACAAUUGGAUGGUAUCAUCUCUUCCCGAUUCAUACAUUAGGCACCCAGAACGCCGAUUCGCCAUGAUGGUUGCGGGAAAAAUGGGCUCUCGAAGCUGGCGAACUUGACUUACGA